CGGCAACGGCGGGAAACUGCGAUUGGAGGCAGCUUCAAUUGAUCUAUAAAACCCUGAUAACUACUCUUUCCGCUCAUAAACCUCCGCUGAAAUUUAGGGUUCUUGGCCGCGGCUAACCAGUGAGUAUGUGGAGGUCCGUAGCCGCCAAAUCCAGCCGGGUUACUCAAAUACUCGACAAGGUACUACUCCGACCUUCAUCUCAUUCGUCCCCGCAUCAUCACUUCAGAUUUCUGCUCAUUUCUUCCUCCGCCACCCCUACCCUAGAAGAGACACCGCCACCGUCGCACUCUGCGGCGGAUGGCUUCGACUUCCCCUCUGCUCCCGUUCACCAUGAUUUCGUUGAGAGUGGUGACAUCGAGCGGUUAGGGGAUGCCGAAACGGGCGUUGGUAUUGAGGAGGAGUUGAACGAAGCUGAUCAUUUCAGCCCUGAAACUGCUGUUGAUGAAUUGCCGACAGAAGAGCGUGUCUACGAGAUUGAUUCAGAGAAGUUGGAGAGCGUGCUGUCUCUGCUGCAGAGCAGUGCUGAUGGAUCUCUUGAGUCGACGCUUAAUGGGUUGGAGUUGGAUUUACACGAAGAGUUAGUGUUGAGAGUGCUCGAGACGCCGAACCUUUUGGGCGAAAAUCUGAUAAGGUUUUUCAACUGGGCUAGAAGCAAGCAGGUUGGUUCAGUCGUGGUGACUUCCCAACUGGUUGAGGCACUUGUUAAGGCGAUAUGCGGUGGGUGUCACAUGAGGAAGAAGGAUGCAUACGCACUGUGGGAUUUGAUUGUGGAGAUUGGUGAUAAUAGUGGGGAAGCAGGCACUCUGUUGAAUACACAGAUUGUUAACCCUUUGAUUUCCCUGCUGUCCAAGUUGGGUAAAGGCAAGGCGGCUUACGAUGUUUUCAUCAAGAUGGGGGAUUUUGGUUGUGUCCCUGAUUCAGAUACAUACUAUUAUACAAUUGAAGCACUCUGUAGAAGAUCGUUCUUUGAUUGGGCGUGGGAGAUUUGUGAGAAAAUGCUGAAUGUGGAAGCUCUUCCUGAGGAUCAUCAGAAGGUUGGAAAGAUCAUCGCAUGGUUCUGCAAAGCGAACAGGGCAGGAGAUGCACAUAUGGUUUAUUUGUUGGCGAAGGAAAAAAACAGAUCUAAGGAUGUCGCUGAGGCAAAAGCGUUGCUUUCUAAGAUGAUUGCUGAUGGUCCGCCUCCUGGAAAUGCUAUUUUCAAUUUGGUGAUCAAUGCUUAUUGUAAAGUUGGGGAUAUGGAUGGAGCAAUGAAGACAAUGAAGCUGAUGAAAAGCAGGGGGCUAAAACCCGAUGUCUACACUUACACUGUGGCUAUGAGUGGUUAUGUUAGUGGUGGCUGCAUGGAAGACGCUUGCAAACUACUUUCAGAGGCCAAAAAGAAGCAUACCAAGUUAAGUCCCGUAUCGUACCAUACACUUAUUCGUGGGUACUGCAAACUCGAACAAUAUGACAAGGCCUUAGAGUUGUUGGCAGAGAUGAAGGAGUUUGGUGUUCGGGCUAGUGUAGAUGAGUACACUAAGUUGAUUCAGUCCCUUUGUUUGAAGGCCUUAGAUUGGAGAAGAGCAGAAGAGCUGUUGGAACAAAUGAAAGAGAGUGGCUUGCAUCUGAACGGCAUUACUAAGGGCCUUAUAAGGGCGGUGAAAGAGCUAGAUGAGGAAAUAGGAUCAGAUGAAAAAGUAAGCAUUGCAGCAUAAAUGUUCCUCAGGGAUUUGUCUGUGAGCAGCAUUUUGAUAUUUCCUACGUUAGGCUUUAGUUUUCCUUAGCAUAUCGCUUCAAAUAAAUUAGAUUUAAGGAGAAAGCUUCAAACAAUUUUGUUUCUGUGACAAUUCAUUUCUCAAUGCUUUUAGUUGUUGCGCUUCUGUCUUUACAUACUCUCUUGCUCUUUUGAUCCGUUCCCUU